GAUCCAUGUAUGAGAAGUUUAUGAAGCAAUUUGAACUAGACAUAAGAGACACAUUAAGUUUGGAAAAAUUAAAUUUGACAACCCUUGUAGAAGAAAGAAGAACUACUGGAAAAUCUUUAGAAAAUACAAUUAGACACGAAUUAAAAAAGGGUAUGCCUGAAGUUCGUGACUCAUAUUUUGUUCCUAUUACUGAUGUCUUUUAUGAUGAUGAUGAUGAUGAUGCUUUUGUUGAUGAUGUUGCUUCUGAUGAUGAUGAUGCUUCUAAUGAUGAUGUUGCUUCUGAUAAUGUUGUUGCAUCUGAUCAUGAUGAUGUUGCUUCUGAUCAUGAUGUUGCUUCUGAUCAUGAUGAUGUUACUUCUGAAGAUGAUGGUUCUACUUACAUAUUACAAAAUAAUAUUGAAGAAUACACUAUGCACAAAAAAAUUAAUUACAUUUGA